AGAUUAUAUUGGAGCGUGUGUCCUGGUGACACCUCUGAACAUUGAUCGCUGGAAAUUCGGCUGAUCUGUCCAGUUUCGUGUCCCUUAUAUGCACACAUUCUGACACUUGGAGUUCCCGCUGUCUCGUCGCACGGUUGAGCUCCUUUCUAAAUUGGUCCUUUGCAGGGCCUUGGGUAUAAAAGUACGACCUGGCUUCUGAAAUUUGUAAAAUUAGGGAAGUUGGGGGAACUCAGCCUUGUUUCUGACGCUCUAGUACGGCCCUGCCAAGUGGGUAAAUUGAAUAUUUAAUUGUUCGUCGAAUUAUACUGAAUGGUAAAGCGUCUGUGGAACCGAGAUCAGGAAAUAUUCAAGAAAGGGAGUUUCCCACACACUGACACAGGUUAAAUUUGCCUAACAGGGCAUGCACCUGCCGUUGAAAGUUUUAGGCUUUUUAAUCAAGAAAGACUAUGUCUGAAAGACUAGGCACCAUGUUUGACAGUGUUAAGAGGUCAGUGUUUGACUUCCUUGGACUACCAACAGAAGAAGAAGUCCCCUUACUUAACCAAGAAAACGAGAAACAACGAUGGCAGUCUCGUAGAAAAAAAACUUUAUUUAUCCCUCCAAAACCAAUACAAAAAUCAAAACCAAAGGGUGAAGAUGAUGAUGAUGUUGAUGCACACCGCCGGGUCAGGAGGUUGCCACGUAAAUUGCCCAAAAAGUCUGUGGUCCAAAUGAUAUGGGAUUCCUCAGCUUCUGCACUGGGAUUAUCUAAACAGCGACCCAAGAGAAUCACAGGAGAUGCUCAGAAACAGAGGAGUUAUGCUCCGGCUGCUCUUGAAAAUUUUAAAGAAAAGAAACCCAACUUUGAGGAUUGGAGAAAUGAGCGUUUUUUUGAUGACGAGGAUACAGGGGGAAAAAGUUUGGCCGAGUCUGGUGAAGAGGAAGUAGACCAUGGCAGUCAACCGCGACUGAUUUUGGGAGCAGGGCCAGAUGAUAUUGAAUUGAGAGAGAAGGCUAGGGGAUUUACAGCUAUGAGUAGAAUACAAUUGGAUUCGCCUGAGGCGCCAGUUUUGAUGGUCUUACAGGAGAACAUCUGUACGGUGUUAAGUUUAAAAUGCUGCGAGAAAAACUCUGUCAAAGGAGAUUAUGAGGAUGACUACAUGCACAGACCAUACUUUACCUAUUUCAUCACCUUCGUGCAGACAGUCAUACUGAUUUGUGCCCUGGCUAUUUACGGAUUUGGUCCGUUUGGAGUGGAUGAAGUUGUAAUACAGGAAGUGGUAUUAAAACCAAAUUUGGCUCUGGAGGCUGAGGCCAGAAGAGAGUUUGGAAACAUGUGGGGGGGUCCUAGCCAGAAAGAUCUAAUCCAUCUUGGAGCGAAGUACUCGCCCUGUAUGAGGAAAGAUCCCAAUCUGGACGCAGCCCUGGCAGAACAGAGGGCGGAAGAGAGAACAACUGGAUGUUGUGUCCGUGACGACGGUUCCGGGUGUGUCCAGACAACUGUACACAAGUGUAGUAAACUGAUAUCCACCUUUGUGAAAUGGAAUGACACCAGUAAGAUUGAUGGGGGCUAUAAGUCUGGUGCAGUGUGUGGCUUGGAUCCAAACCAUUGCAAAAGUCCCUCCUCAACUCCACCUUUUGAAUGGGACAAGAAAGACUUCACAAACUGGCCAAUAUGCAAAGAGACAAAGAAUGCGAGUCAGAACUUUAAAGGAUGCUCACAACCAGGGUCCGAAUGUCACAUGAACUGUGAUUUAUUAGGUCGACCAUGUUGUUUUGGUAUCCAAGGAGAAUGUAUGAUCACCACAAGAGAGCACUGUGAAUUUAGACAGGGGUAUUACCAUGAUGACAAGUUUUUGUGCUCUCAGGUGAACUGCUUUGAACAGAUCUGUGGUAUGAUUCCCUUUGUGUAUGAUAACAGGCCAGAUCAGUUCUCAAGAAUUCUGUCUGCUAAUCUGCUGCAUGCUGGCAUUUUCCACCUGGCAGUGACCUUGAUUAUGCAGUUGUGGAUUAUGAGAAAGAUAGAGCAGAUGAUUGGUUGGAUUAGGAUGAUGAUAAUCUACAUCAGCAGUGGCUGCGUAGGGACACUAGCUAGUGCCGUUCUCACCCCUUACCAAGUGGAGGUUGGUCCCUCUGGGGCACAGUUUGGUUUGUUGGCGUGUAUGUAUGUAGACAUUCUCAACGAAAUCAUUGUCAACAAGUAUUCCGGUAAGGAUAAAUCUGAGGAAAACCGUCGUCUCUGGUACAACUUUGCAGCCUAUAGCGUCAUCUUGUUCCUUCUGUUCUUCUUGGGUGUUUUCCCCUGGAUGGACAACUGGUCCCAUAUUUUUGGUUUUAUCUUUGGGAUAUUCAUCUCCUUGGUUGUGAUGAAGGAAACUGACAUCAAGGCUAAAGGCAUCACACGCGUUCAUGUGGUUUUGACCUUUGGCAUUCUGUCACUGGCUCUGUUCAUAUUCCUUAUUAUUAUGUUCUACGCAGUCCCCCUUAAUGAGAGCACCUGGUUGCAGUAUAUCAACUGCAUCCCCUUCACCGAAACAUUCUGUAAAAACAUGGAUGUCACUAUUACCAGGGGCUCUACAUAUUCGAAAUAUGUCAAGUGAGUCAUGCAGCUAUGAUUUUUAAAAGGAUAAUCAAUAAUGCAUAUGUUUGAAAUCUAAUUUUCUCAGGCUGUUUAUAUUUAUUAAGUGCUAUUUCAUAAUUGCCUUUUGAAAAAUUGCUUCUAUAUAUACAGUAUAUGUGUGUACAGUAUUGUGGGCAGAUUCACUAGUGCAGUGCUCAUUUGAGUUUUUUACUUUGAGCAUAAUAAAUUAGCAAGUAGGAAUAAUUCUGUACCAGUGUUACAUACCUACAUGUAUAUUAUAUACAAGUGUGUACAAUUGUUUUUAAUUCAUCUAAAACUACAGAUAGAAUAAUAUAGACUUUAGAAAAUGUACUCUUUGUAGUCCUUUACAGACAUUCCCAGUCUUCAAAUUUAUUUUUACAUAAUUCUUGUAUUAGUUAUAAUUGCAUAGAUAUGAUGGUUGUUUAAUAAUUAUAAUAUAGUUUAUCUUUGAUUGUUUAUGAAGCAGUAUUUAAAAUAUUAAAUCAAACAUGUAUUUUGAAAUUUACUUUCAUGCUUUUCAAUGCAGAGAAACACUGGCUUUCAUUAUAGAAUAUUUCAAUUUUCUACUGUGACCAGUGCCAUACUUUUAUAAUGAUUUUCUAUGUAAGAAUAAUGUCUUCCUUUAAAAUUAUUUACUUUAGAAUUUCCCAGAACAACUUUUCAUGAAUUUCUUUCACAUAAUUGCACAUGUACUUGAGGAUAAACAGAGUCGGCUGCUAUUACUUGUAUUAACAAAUGAUGAGGUAGAACAGCAAAACUUAGUUAAAAUAAAUUUCAAGAGACCAAAAAUACUUGCAAUAAUUAAAUGUUAUUUCUUGUUUGAUUAUAGCAAAAUGAUAACAAAUCUUAUAAAGAAAUAAAGAAGGUAACAUGCAUUAAAUCUUUUUACUACAUUGUAGAUGUCAAAAAAUAUAAUUAUGUCACAGUGACAAAUGUUUGAAAAUCUUAAAACUAUAUUUGACAAUUUUUCAUAGGUUUAUAUAAGGACUUUGAUGGGACACAUUUAAAAUUCCCAGUAGCCAUAAAUUGGUUGAAUUUGUAUUUUUUAUAUUUGAGUUUUGCUGAAUUGCAUAACACUACAUAUUGAAUAGAUCUCACAUCAUUUCAGUUUAUUGCAGCAAUUCAUGUUACAUGUUUGAAAGUUUUAGUUUCAUUCAGGUGCAAUUUUGUUUAUAUACUGAAUGGUUAAAUUGCUCAAUUUCCUUGUACAUAUAUACAACGUGUAAUAUCUUUGAUUAAACACUUGAUUCUCUGUGAUUCUCUGCAUUUCAUUUUGCCAGGAAUGGGGAUUUGAUUUAAAUUUUACUAUAUUAAUUCUUUUCAUGCAUCAAUUUGAAAGUAUUUAUUAUUUAUCAUGUGGUCCAUUUAAUUUCAUAGAGAAUACAUGUAUGCAUGUAAAUGUAUCUUAAUACCAGGUAUUUUUCAUCAAAUCCAAUUAUUUUAUUUGACCUUUUUUUUGGAUAAAAUAUGUAUUUUUAUAACAAUACAUGUAACUUUGAAAGUCAACAUGGACUUUGUGUACAUUAAACACUUGUUGGUAAGCUCAUGUGGUACUAAGUGUACCUCUAUUACUGUCCCAUGUUUAUGAUUUAUAAAAUAUUUACUGUAGUCAUGUUUUUUCUUAUUUUACUGACAUAUCAUCAUGGCAUAGAAAAAAUGUAAUUUUUUUUUUUUUUUUACAUUUUUAGACUGAUUUGUACUUGAUUAUACCUCAUGGAUUGUUUUUAUGCUACAAUUAAAUAAAUAUAAAAC